AUGGGCUGUGUGGGGAACAGUCUUAAACGAGCAAGUCCUCUGUACAAACAUCAGCGCAUCACAAUGUGCAUCAGCUGGAUAAUUCUGGACAACCUCUUCCCUGGCAGCAUGGAGAAUCCUGGAAAACCCUUUCCCGGAACGUUAAAAUUGGCCGUCCUGCAGUCUCCCAAGAAGCUGAAGGCUGAUUGGACCAUGCCGGGCCCAGUGGGCGGUCGCGCCUGCGCGAGGCGGGGCCUUGCCAGUCGUUGUCCGGGAAACCGCGUAAACACCCCGCGCUCAACCCAGUCUGGCGGUUGUUGUUGCUUUGCUAGAGGCGCGCCUGGAGCAGAAGCUUCCAAUCGGAGAACAUUGAGCCACAGUGAAAGGUAUGAGAAAUUACUGGACAGAAAUUACAAGAAACAGUUGGAAAUUGAGCAACUGAAAAGGAUACAGAAUCAAGCCAAUAUUCAACGGGUACAGAAUAAAAGUGCCGAGUUUGUUGAACAAAAGAGAUUCCUGAGAUUAUUAAAGAAUGAACAAUUAGAAUUGGAUAUGGAAGAGGCUAUUCAAAAGGCAGAAGAAAAUAAAAGAUUAAAGGAACUUCAGCUUGAACAGGAAGAAAAACUAGCUGCAGAGUUAGCAAGACUAAAACACGAAAGUAUAAAGGAUGAAAAAAUGAGGCAACAGAUUAGAGAAAACAGUAUCGAGCUCAGAGAAUUAGAGAAGAAAUUGAAAGCAGCUUACAUGAAUAAAGAAAGGGCGGCUCAGAUUGCUGAAAGGGAUGCCAUUAAGUACGAGCAAAUGAAACGUGAUGCUGAAAUAGCCAGAAACAUGAUGGAAGAACAUGAGAGAUUAACAAAAGAAGAAAAUGCUGCAGAGGACAAAAAAAAUCAAGUAAAGGCACAAUAUUGUCUUGACUUAGAGAAACAACUUGAAGAGCAAGAACUGAAAAAGCAAGAAGCUUAUAAGCAGUUGCUGAAAGAGAAACUCAUGAUAGAUGAAAUUGUUAGGAAAAUCUAUGAAGAAGAUCAACUGGAAAGACAGCAGAGGUUGGAAAAAAUGAAUGUAACUCGGCAGUAUAUUGAAGAGUUUAAGAAACAACAGAAUCUCUGGAGGAAAAAGAAACGUGAGGAGAUGGAAGAUGAAAACAGAAGAAUUAUAGAGUUUGCCCACAUGCAACAACAAAGAGAAGAAGAUAGAAUGUCAAAAGCUCAAGAAAAUGAAGAAAAAAGGCAACAGCUUCAAAAUAUGCUGGCUCAAAAAUUAGAAGAAAAGAUGCGGCAACGUGAGGAUUUAGAACAUAUUCGACAAGAAUUAUACCUGGAAGAACAAGCUGCAGACAAUAAGAGGAAGCUUAAAGAAGAAGCAGAGAAGAAACUAAGAAAGCAAAAGGAGUUGAAGCAAGAUUUUAUAGAACAAAUGGCCUUAAAGGAACUAGUACUCCAGGCUGCAAAAGAGGAAGAAGAGAUCUUUAGAAAGGCUAUGCUUGCUAAAUUUGCUGAGGAUGAUCGGAUAGAAUUAAUGAAUGCCCAGAAACAAAGAAUGAAGCAACUGGAACACAGGAGGGCUGUGGAAAAAUUAAUUGAAGAGCGCCGCAACCAGUUUCUUGCUGACAAACAACAUGAAAUAGAAGAAUGGCAGUUGCAGCAAAGAAGACAAGGAUGUAUCAAUGAAAUAAUUGAAGAGGAAAGACGAAAGCUUCUGAAAGAACAUGCUGCAAAAUUAAUUGGCUAUCUACCUAAAGGAGUAUUUAAAAAAGAGGAUGAGAUCAAUAUUCUUGGUGAAGAGUUUAGAAAAGCAUAUCAAAAAAGGAGUGAAAUUGCCGAAGAGAAAUGA